AUGUCCGACUCCGAGAAGAACGCUUCUCUUCAACAGGCUGAAAAUGCCUCCGAAGGUGGUGUCAAGCAGGUGACGCAAGUCAUCGACACCGUUCACCAGGACGAGGCGUUGAAGGUCCUAGAAACUUACAUGGGGGAGAAGGAAUGGACGACACAGGAAGAGAAGAAGUUGACUCGCAAGAUCGACUGGAGGCUCAUGCCUGUUCUUUGUCUGACGUACGGCCUUCAAUACUACGACAAGGCUAUGCUGUCCCAAGCGGCGCUUUUCGGUAUACGCGAAGACUUGGGUCUCCUCACGGGCGACCGCUACUCGUGGACCGCUUCCAUUUUCUAUCUCGGCUUCAUCCUCGGCGCGUAUCCCAUCAUGGUUUUCGCCCAGCGCUUCCCGAUUGAGCGCGUCGCUUCGUUCACCGUGACCGUCUGGGGUCUCACGCUCAUCCUCACGACGGUGUGCAAAAACUACCAAGGCAUUUACGCCCAGAGAUUUAUGCUGGGUGUCCUCGAGAGUGGUAUUAGCCCUAUGUUCAUGCUCAUCGUGGGCAGCUUUUACAAGAAAAAUGAACAAGCUAUGCGCAUGGGCAUCUGGUACUGCUGCACGGGCUACGUCUCAAUUUUCUCUCCAUUGAUCAACUACGGAUUCGGUCUCGUCAACGGCGGUGUCUCGUCCUGGAGAUACAUGUAUUAUUUCGCCGCCGGCCUCACGAUGGCCUGGGGUCUCGCUCUGUACUUCGUUCUCCCACCGGAUCCCGUCCGAGCCAAGGGCUUCACCGAGCGCGAACGAUACAUCAUGGUAGCGCGUCUUCGCACAAAUAACUCUGGUGUUCGUAACAAGCACUGGAAGGGGGCGCAGAUCAAGGAGCUUCUUCUCGACCUCAAGUUCUGGGUGACCUUCUCGAUCGCCUUCCUGUCCAUGAUCGCCAACGGUCCGAUUUCGACGUUUGCACCUCUCAUCAUCAAGGGCAUGGGCUUCAGCGGGCUCAAGUCGCUCUUGCUCUUCAUGCCCGCCGGUGCGUACGCCGGUACCAUGCAGCUCAUCCUCCCUUUCCUGGCCUACAAGUACAAGAACAACCGGGCCUACCUGGUCAUGUUCGCUCAGGCGGGAACUACUCUUGCCGCCCUCCUCCUCUGGCUUUUGCCCAUGAGUGCGACGGGAGGUCUUUUAUUCGCCAUCUACAUCUUACCAACUGUGGGCUCUGGAUACGCGGUUCUUAUGGGUUUGCAAAUCGCCAACACUGCCGGAUACACCAAGAGGUCCAUCGCCUCUUCAGGCAUGUACAUCGGUUACUGUCUGGGUAACUUUGUCGGCCCCUUGGUCUUCAAGCCCAAGGAUGCGCCCCGAUAUGCUCCCGGAUUCAUCGUGGUCGUCGUGACUUCCAUCGUCGCUGGCCUCCUUGCGGGUCUCUACCGUCUCCUCUGUGUGUGGAGCAACAAGAGCCGCGACGAGGCGGGUACUUCUGAGGCUUUCGAUAACGCGUACGAGGACGAUCUCACUGAUAUCAAGAAUCCCCAAUUCCGCUAUAUUCUAUGA